CCUAUUUAAACAAGCACUCUACAUUCUGGAGCUAGAAAUGUGUGCAUCUUUACUUUCUCAGUUCAGCCAAUAUUGAGACAUUUAACCCAGUUUACAUUUUAAUUUCCAUUUAGUUUCAUAUUCGAAUAUUGUCAGAGACUGCUUUCAAUCAACAGCAGACAAUAAGAUUAGAAAUGGCUCAGCUUCUUUCAACAUGCUUCUUAGUUUUGAUAUCAGUGCAGCUGGUCAAACCCUUUGCUGUGUUGGAGUUAAAAGUGAACUCUUUCACAAAUACCAGCAGCAGUGUGUGUGAACAGUCCAAAGACUGUCAGGUUUUUUUCAAUGUUUGUCUGAACUACACGCAGGACGUCACAUCAUAUAGACAGGCAUGUUCAAGUGACACUGGACUGACAGGACCAUUCAGCUCAGACCCGAGCUCCAUCACUACUGCACAAAUACAUUUGCCCUUUAACUUAAAACGGCUGGGAACAGCCACAGUGAUAAUUAAAGCAUGGAAUGUAGAGUCUUCCUAUAAUCAGCCAACAGAGAAUCUAGAGAUUGGCCACUUCGCCACCAAAAUAGAUCUUACUACUAGUCAGAAAUGGUCCGUGGGAGAGCAAAGUGAGCUACGAUUUUUCUAUCGUGUGGUAUGCUAUGAAUUCUACUAUGGCGAUGACUGCUCUGUUUUCUGCCGUUCACGGGAUGACUAUUUCGGUCACUUUACCUGUGACGAUGCUGGCAACAGAAAUUGUUUGCCUGGAUGGCAAGGAGAAUAUUGCACAGAGCCUAUCUGCUUAUCUGGAUGUAGUGAGGAACAUGGUUCCUGUGGUGUCCCUGGUGAGUGCAAAUGCCAGUAUGGAUGGCAGGGCCCCCUCUGUGAGGAGUGCUUACCUUUCCCAGGGUGCCAGCAUGGCACCUGCAAACAUCCCUGGCAGUGCAUGUGUGAGAAGGGAUGGGGUGGCCUGCUGUGCGACAAGGAUCUUAAUGUUUGAAUUUAUAUAUUCAGUGUUAUCCUUGUUAGGUGUGUUUCGUUUAGGCUAUAAUGGGCUGUUAUGGUUGAGAAACCAAUUGAAAUAAACUAAACUAAAUAAUAAUGUCCUAUUUCUUUGGAUUAGGUUGCCAUGUUAGCAACAGUGUUUAUGACAUUUAAAACUUAUUAAAUAAACACGACUGAAAAUUG